AUGCCGAAUACCAGCCGUUGCUCGCGAAGACCUUCGUCAACCUCCUCGGACGGCGACAAUACAUCUCAGCAAGUCGAAAUCAUGGAGAUCCAUAACCGGGUGCUCGAGAUGAUUGAAUCAUUCAAGCGAAUGUCCGCGAUACUCGAGACGAUGGAAAGACGGUGUAAAGAACAAUAUGGUGCCGAUCCACAGGCCUCUAUGAAAGAAGAUCGCGAUGCAGGUACGCCGAAAACGAGUAAACUGAACGCAGGUCAGGGGAGUUUGAUUAUCGGAAAGUCACUGUUGGUUCUGGUUGUUACCCCCGACCAUGUACAUCUGCGAAUGAGGACGAACUACUCCCUUGUGGUGUUCAUCGGAUAUAGGUCAUAUGGUUGUGAAGGACCUAAGAGAAAAUUAAUGAUGACCGCGGCCGCACGGCGCCGAUUAUAUAAUCGGGCGGUUUGA